UCUUAAAACUUACUCACGGUGAGAAGGCGGAUGUGAGUAGCGAGAAAAUUAUCUGCUCGUCAAUAAGGGAGCCCAUUCGGGCCGAAGACACACUCAUAUAUCGUGAAGGUGAUAACGAAAGAAGAGUAUGGUUAAGUAGUGUUCGAAUUUGCUUUGCAUUGAUGACUUGUUGCUCUUAGGUCGGCCAUAACAAAAUCAAAUUUGAUGUUGACUCGGUCUGAAGUGCCAGUUCGGAAGGACCGGAUAUCGAAGGAAAGCUUUGCUGAUAAUUUACUAAUGCGGUAUUAAGACAAAGUGGAAACUAUUAAUUGUAACAUAUUUAUCAUAACAAGAUGAAUGAUAUCGUAACGACGAUUUACGCUUAUACUGGUGAACAUGGACUAAAUUUUGAAGCUGGAGAAAAGCUGAAUGUCUUAGAGCGUGGUGAAAAUGGAUGGUGGAGGGGGGCCCUCUUAAAAGAUGGUGGUGAUUCAACUGAUGGAAGUUUGGAAGGAUGGUUCCCGUCCAGCUACGUAGAAAAUACAGGAGAUCUGAAACUCUCGGAUUCAAGUGUGACAUCAUCUCCAGUCAUAUCAGAUGCAGCUCUUCCACCCAACUGGAAGACAACAAUAGCAGCUGAUGGAAGGGCUUACUACUACAAUGAAGUUACUCAAGAAACUACAUGGUCACUGCCCAUGUCCCCUACAAAAUCACCUCCUGCUACAUUUCCAAAAAGACAUACCAUUUCACAAUGCUCAAGUAUAAAAAAGCCAACUUCACCGACAAUAAAAGUUGAGUCAUAUUCCUUGAGUCCAAGUCCAGAUAAGAAAACAGAAGGGAGGAGUGCAACAGCAGACAGUGGCUACAGCUCAAUAGGUUCACCAUCCCUGUCAUCCUCAAGAGAAUCUAUUGAUGCAAGAAGUGUUGGUAGCACUGGAAGCGGGGGCAAUCGCAGGAGGCGAAAGACAAUGGCAAUGAAUCUAACCCCGUCGCGACCACAGUUUUUCAACUACCCAACAAUCGAAGAAAGCUCGGAGCAAACUCCACUCAACCAACUUGACAUCAGCUUUUGUGACAAUUUCUGGGACGACUUAGGCGAAUCGACCGGCUUUGAUCUUGUUCGCAGUUAUAUACAAAAGGGAAAAUCGAAUUGUAAAGAAAUGGCUGAUUUCUUUAGAGAGAGAGCGGCAAUCGAAGAUGGUUAUGCAAAGAAUUUAUUACGCCUGGCGCAUGGGCAACACGGAAAUCAGGAAAAAGGAUCUUGUGGAGAAGCUUGGCAAAAGAUGAAAAAGGGUUUGGAAGAGGAAGCCCAGUUUCACCAAGAACUGUCCCUUUCGCUAAUGCAAGGGUUGGAGAAAACGCUAACUGAGUAUGCAGAACGGCCUAUUUUUAUAGAGAAGAAAGAUGUGAAAAGAAUUGAUGCUAUUAUCCAUGAUGAUCGGAAAAAGGUUGCAUCAAGGUUUAAAGACUUGGAAAAGCAACGUGUUGCAUUGAAAGAAAGGCAAGCAAAAAUCAACCUCCUUACUAAGCAACAAGAUAUCUCCAAAGCACAGAAAAAAAUAGCAGCAUCGGUUGACGAUCUGAAGCGCUCAAUAGACGAUUUCAAUGAUGCACAAAGAAAAUGGAUUGAUGAUACAGUCCUUGGCCUGAUGGAACUGGAAAAGAAAGAAUCAGAAAGGAUUCAGUUUAUACAGAAGAAAUUGGAGAUGUAUACUGAAUUGGGAAAAACAGCAUUUGAUGGGGAUUCACAGACCAUGACCAAUAUACUGGAAUCAGUGAAGAAAAUUGACCCAGUCAUUGAUCGAAAGGCUUUUGUGGAUGGUAACAGAACGGGUAUCAUAAGACCCAUUGACAUAAAGAAAUGAUUUAUUUAUCAAUAAUCUGUUGCCGUUGUUGUUCAGGUAGUACGGUGUUCUGUCCUUAACCCUUGACUUUAUUAUGACUAAUAAAUUCUUGAUACAGUGACUGCACAAUAAAAAUUUAAUGUUUGGAUCUUCUAACCUCAACUUAGCAUUUGUGUUCGCUUGUUAAGUGUAAUUUCGAAUGAACUUCUAACCCCUUUCCCCCUCUUCUCUAUUCUCUUUUUGUAUACACCCUCUCGUUCCUUUAAUUUAGUCGUUUCUUUUUCGACUUCUUGUUUCUCUCCGUUUUCGUUCUCUUUCUUUUCUUCUCUAAUAUUUUCUUAUACUUGCCCAUACACUGUGUUCAAGGCACUACGUUUAAGGCUCUAAGUUUUGCGUGAAUGUGGGGCAUAAAUUAAUUUGCUUUUCAGUCUAGACAAGCUGGUUUUCUCUAGCGUAAUUUGCAAAUGGACUGGGACAUUUCAAAGACAGCUUGGUUAUGCAAACAUUAAACUACAGAUACCAAAAGCUUUUGUCAUUACUGUCAAUAAAAACAACUUAUUCCCUUUUGUCCCUUUUCAUGUAGCCUACUCUCGAUCCACAUUUUUAAUAUUCUAAGAUUCCAUUUUAUAGACUUGAUGAUAACACGAAGCUAUUAUAUUUUUGUAACUUUAUAGAAUGUUGAGAUUUUAUAUAUAGUUUUAGAAUCAGUUUUUAAAGCUAUUGAUUUUAAAAGUUCAUUUGGUUUAUAUUACUGUUAAACAGAUUAAACUUACAAUUUCUUUCAAAAAUAUUUUUUUCUUGAUUUCAUGUACUUCCAAUAGACGUCUUCAUUUUCUUCGUUUGACAUAUGCAUGUAAUAUAACGUUUUGUGAAGAUAUUUUUGUAAUUUGUAUUUAAUUAGACUCGACCCUCGUCAUAACCUAAAGGGGGGAUUUUUUUCAUGAUGUUCUUUCAUGAAAUACUUUAAUAAAUAUUAAUUCUUUAUAUCAGAUAACUAAUUAUAUAUUAAACCAAAGCAUAAAAUUGCAAGAUUUUCCACUGAAAAUUUGUUUAUGCCCUGAAUCAAAAGACAGAUUGCGCCAAACCGAAAUGAUCUUUGAACUGAUACUGAUUCUUGCUCAAAAAGGCUGUAUAUUAAGAAACCCCAUUCCUGUAUUUUAAGAUUUACAGAUAGGUGGAUUUCAGUUAAAGUUUUAAAAAAUGUUUAUCUGAUUCUUAAGAUGCAAAGUAAGGUAGCUGUUGCGUUUUUUAAGGACAAAAAUGGCUUUAAGGCCCUGUCCACACGUGUCCGGAAAUUUGUGGAAACGUAAUUUUUUUUACGAAUACAGCUUGCGUCCACACUUAUCCAGCGUAUUUUACGGUCGUAUCCGGAAAUUUUUGAAGACGGUAUCCAGAUUGGAAAUUUUUUGAUCCGUUACAAAUGCGAUUACGUAUGGACGCUUGUAUCCGAAAACUUUCAAGUACGCGACGUCUUUUUCUGGGUUCCAGUUUCUCGCUGCUAGUACAAACAAACAUGAAGUACAGAAAGGUUGUAGCGUCUUUGUUAGUUGCCUUGAUUUCUACAGCACUUGAGCGAAUCAGACAAUUUCCGGAUAAAAGCGGAUGAUACGUGUAGACGCCUGAAAACGAUUCGAGUACGCUCCGACAAAAAAGUUUGCGGGGAAAAACUUUCCGGAUGCGUGUGGACAGGGCCUAAGUAGACAGCAGAGAAAGAGUCUUGAAAGCUUCAAUUUUGUAUAAUAAAAUUUUUUUUCCAGUAUCAUGAAUUGGUGUUAGUACUCGUUAAUUACAUUAUUUUGUAUUAAAAACGGCUUCACGAGUAGAACCCCUAUUGGAAGUUAUGUUCAAACCAUCAGCGUUUCUUAAACCAGUCAAUCAUUGGCUUUUUGCUCACAUUGGACAAUAAUUUUGAUCACGUAGAGCGUACAGAGGUCUUUAUACACUCCAUUAGAUCUUAAUGAAUGUCAAUAGCAUCAACUUGUCCCCACCCCACAGCGCUGUUUAAUAUUGUCCUCAAGGUUUCGAUGUUUUCAGUCUUAUUUCUCUCAGAUGAUUGUGCUGGUAAAUUUUAAACCAACAUUACUUGUGGGAAGAGGGGGCUGUGCUUUCCGUUUGUCACUGAAAACAACUAAUUUUUCAGCUUUUGGCUGCAGGGUGCUGGGGAUUUUACCCUGUAGGACAUAUCCAUUUCCAAGGGAGGUCAGCUGGGGGUUGAAGCAAUGGUUGUUUUUAACAAAGAAAGGUCACUAAGGCUUAUGGGGGUUAUUGCCCCCCCCCCAAGUAUGCUAGAAAAGAUCCUGCUUUAAAUAGCUUAUUAUUUACCAGUUACACAUGAUAGAUAUUGUUUUCUAACACGUACUGCAACUGGUUUGAACAUCCCUUAGAAUUCUUUAACCAUUCAUUGCUUACUCCAAUCAAAGUAUAAUUUAGCAUCAAUCGUGUUGUAGUUUCAUAACAAAGAAAAUCUUUGUAUUAACUAAACAA